AUGCACUUCCGCCUGACCUUUGCUAUCCUCCUGGCCGUGCUGGCCUCCGCCCUGGCCUUCGACGGCGAUGGCACCUACUACAACGUGGGCCUCGGGGCCUGCGGCCAGUACAACAAUAACAACCAGCUCGUUGCCGCCCUGAACAAGCCCCAGUUUGGCUCUUCGCCUGGUGGCAACCCGAACCACAACCCCAACUGCGGCAGGCAGGCGCUCGUCCACGGACCCAAGGGCCAGGUGCAGGUGACCAUCGUGGACAUGUGCCCGGCCUGCGGCUGGGGCAGCCUCGACCUCAGCCCUGCUGCCUUCUCCAAGAUCGCUGAUAUGGCCCAGGGCCGCGUCCACAUCACCUGGGAUUGGGUGUGA